AUGAUCUACAAAACCAACUACGAGCUCUAUACUACCCGCGACAGCCUCGACAGCAGACGCUCACCACCCCCAGACGAGCUACUCGCCCCGUUAGCAACGCUCUACCCGCACGUCACAGCCCUGCAGCCGCGGUACAACCCCAACAGCUGCACCUUCACCGGCUACCGCCACACAGGCUACUGGGCCUCCGCCUACACGACGCAGCUUCCUGAAGAAGAGCCGCCGUGCUGGGCGCGGCGAGGCUGUGAUGUACCCUCUCGCUUUGUCUCGAAGCUCUCGAAGCUCUCGAAACUCCGCCGGUUUCUUAGUCGCGAGGACUUGAAAUACCGCCGGCGGUCCGAGGCCACUACAUGA